GGGACCUCUCGCACCCGAAGCGAGAAUCAUACCACUAGACCAAGCACCCGUUGAUGAUUACAUCCUCAUUGUAUGAUAUUUGAUUCAUUUAAUUUGGCCGAUUAUAUAAAGCCGUUUUCUUCCAAAGAGAUUGAAUUCUUUUAAAGCGGAAAUGGCUACGCUGGCCUCCUUUUCCCCGCACCUGAUACUGCACCGUCUUAUCCGCCGCCCCGCCGCGCCUUCGUGUCUCCGCGCCGCCGUAUUUUCCCAAUCCAACAAAUCCUUUCCUCUCCUCCGUGCGGCGCCAUUGUUCACCUCCUCUCGGUUCAUCUUCUCCUCUUUCUCGUCCUCGUCGCACUCAAUUCCGCAGCAGCAGUUUGCAAUUGAUGCAGCUUUGCUGGAGGAUGUACAAACUGAAUCGGAAGGGGAAAUUGAUGCAGAUUCUGCUUCUGCUGUUGCGGAGGUUUCGAAUUCUGAGGUGAUUAAAACGGCUCCACGGCCUCCUCUUCCUCCUCCUCCGCCGCCGCCGAGUCUUAGCGUGAAGGAGAAGAAGGAAUUGGCUUCGUUCGCGCACAGUUUGGGGAAAAAGCUGAAGUCACAGCAGGUCGGGAAAUCCGGCGUCACAGAAACUGUUAUUGGCGCGUUGAUUGAAACGCUUGAAAAAAAUGAGCUUCUCAAGUUGAAGAUUCAUGGCACAUGUCCUGGAGAAUUUGAAGAUGUGGUGAAGGAGUUAGAAGAAAGCACUGGUUCGGUAGUCGUCGGCCAAAUUGGUAGAACCGUGAUUCUCUAUAGGCCCAGCCUGAGUAAGCUAAUAGCUGAGGAGAAAAAGAAACAAGUUCAGAGAGACUUUUUGAGACGACAAGCGGCAUUCAAACAAUCCCCUCAGAGUAGGAGACCAGCAGCGGCGCCAGGGCAAGAACCAAGACAAGCUGGUCGUGGUAGGCGAGGAACUAGCAGAGUCUGAGGUACCGGUGAAAGUUUCUAUUUGUUGGUUGCCAUUACUAGAUGCUUGUUAGAAUCGAACCUAUCAGUUAUUUUUCAGAUUAAAACGAAUCAAAAUUGAUAUUGAUAAGGAGUUGGUGCAUGCAUCCAAUAUCAAGGGAUUGAAUGAAACCAUUGUGAUAUAGCUGUUUUGGAAUUGGAUCAACCAAAAUCCUGACCUCAUUGCAGACCAUACUUGUUUAAGUGGUCUGGAAUUGUCUUUCGUAGUUCGAGGCCAAGAGCUUUUCUGCUUGUAAGAUUUUUAGUGUUGAUGAAUAGAAAAAAUGAAUAUGUAUAAAUUGGUUUCUUAAGCGUUGUGAAUGAAUUAUUGACCUAGCUUCUGCGCGGUUUAUGAAUAGAAAA